CAAAUCCAAUGUUUUGAGUGAUGGCUUGAUGGGUGCAUUGAUCAAACACAAACUUACUUGUCAGCCUUGUCGUUCGUACUAUCCAUGAGAGGAAAGAAAAACACAACGAAAGAAGCGACAAUCAUCGCAUUGUAUUAGCAAGUCCAUUAGUUAUCCAGAGAGAGAAAGAGAAAGAAAGAUAGAUCAUGAACCAAAGACAGAAUCAACCGCCCCAACCACCAGCCCCAGGCCAGCCGGGUGCUGGAGCCCCUAUGAUGGCCCCUCAGGCUGUCGCUCAGGGGGUUUCGGCUCACUUGAUGGGCCUAAUGACAAAUCCAGCUUUGGCUGCCGCGGCUGCUGCUUCCCCCUUUCCAGCAGCCAUGUUGUCCAAUCCGGGCGCUUUCUUGGCCAUGCCAGAGGCGUUUGUCAACGGUAGAGCGGCGGCUCAAGCGGCGGUGGCAGCCCAGGCGGCGGCUCCGGGAGGAGUAGUGCUACCACGCCUAGACCCCAACAACCCCAUGCAGCAGCAGCAGCAACAACAGCAGCAACAUCGACAAGGAUUAUCACCGGUCCCAGGCACAGCGGGUGCCGUUAUGGCCGUGGGGAACAUGGGGAUGGCAGCACUACAACCACAGAAUGGGCAGGCACAGCAACAUCAAGCACAAUAUGUAGCGCAGCAACAUCAACAACAGCAGCAGCAUGUUCAGAUAAUACCCCCAGCAAAUCCAUCCAAACUUGCAAUGAUAGACGACAAGAAAGCAGCCAGACGGACAGAUUUGACUCCUGAAGAACGAGCCAAACAGAACCGUGAUCGCAAUCGAGAGCACGCCAGAUCCACGCGGCUACGAAAGAAAGCGUAUGUCCAGAAACUCAAGGAACUGGUUGAAGGAUUGCAUGCCGAACGCACGGAGGAGGUACGGCAGCGAAGGGUAGCCAUUCAGCACUUGGCGGAAAUGCAAAAUGUUAGGCGAGGAGUGGUACGGACGUUCCUGAGGUUUCAUUCCAACUAUGAGACAGACCCUCGCAAAUGGGAAACCCUCUUGGAAGAUAACUUUUGGCUCAAGCAACCCGUCACGCCGUACCGGUCUUUUCGACGAACGGAAAUUGAGCAGGAUUGUCGCAUAUCUCGGGGUGUUCAGGGAAUGAUUGCAGAUUCGGCCAGUGUUGCGGUCAUGGUGGAAGGGAUUGGAUCGAGAAGUACUCGAUGGAUGCAAAUCAAACGAGAAGAGUUCUUCUUCUUGGAAGAGUCCAAACGAGGGCCAUCGCGAAUGCCGAGGUCAAUCCAGGACAAUCGAUUGAAUGCAGCUGUGUCCAGCUUGUCAUCGAGUUCAGGAUCCUCCAGUGGAUCGGCGAGUGAAGAAGCGCACAAGAGUAGAAAACAAGGACAAGAGAAGAAUGGAGCCGCCGCACUUCCAGCUGGUGGCGCAAAAGUCAGUUCUUCAAGUGGCAGCAGCAGUGAGAGUCGGCGGAAGCAACUUGCAGCGGCAUCCAAAGACUUCCAUGACUACCACGCUCAGCCUCUCCCAGACCCCAAAUUGGGCGAUUCGGGAAGCAGCAGUCCGUCGGAGGAUUCUCCGGAGGAUUCCAACAGUACCAACGGUGAAGGAAAACGAGUGUGUACAGACUCGUCUUCUGGGGAUGAUUCAGGUGCUGCAAUUGCAGCUCCGCGUGCGAUGAAACGUCGAAAGACCGACGACGGAAACGAAGCACAACAGCAAGCGCCCAACGCCAGUGCCCCGGCUCCCAACAAUGGCACUUUCUCGCCUAACCUUCCUCCCAACAUUGCCAAGACUGGAGGUAUCACAGCGAACGUCAUGGGCAUCGGGGCGACGGGAGCAGCCGCAGCUCCUGCAGGCGGCGCAAGGCAAGAUGCUGCUCCUCCAAGUGGACGCAUCAGCGCAGCAACCGCUGUUGCUCUCCCACCUUUUGCUGGCAUUGGCAAACGAGCGGCAGCGCCAGAACAAGCAGCCGGAGGCGCUCGACAAGGGGCAGUUAGCAAUGUCCCAUCUGGCAAUGCUUCUUCAAUUGGAGGCGCCGCCAUGGUGACCAAUGAUACGGAAACGUCGUCUAGCAACUCGCAGAUUCCUCAGAUCCGGGCGUUCUACCAUAUCAACGAAGACGACAUGAUCUUGAUGGAAGACGUGCUCAUGUGCCCCUUCAUCUUUCGAUCUCAGGACGCUGUCGUAUGCGGCGCCUUGGCAGAAUGCGUCAUGCCGGGCAUGUUUCGGGCACAUUUCUCAGCACGGAACAAACUCCUAAGCGUCGAAAUGGUGUAUGAUGCCAUGGGGUUCAUGCAGCAGUUGGAGCGUGCGAGUGGAAGCGAGCGAACUGCGCAAAUCAUCCCUGGCAGUCUGGAGAUGGCUUUGUCCCCAACGUCUACAGAAGCUCGUGUCAUUACUUUGGCAGAGCCCCCCUUCCUAAUUGUGAACGUCAAUGAGGUUUGGACUCGACUGACCAAGUACACACAAAUGGAAGUUGAAGGGCGGGAGCUGCUCGCUCUGUUGGAAGGGGAAAAGACACUUCCUGAGGCAAGCGACCGCCCUGGUAAGCCCCGACACAAGUUUGAAGACGUUGCCAAGGCACUGUGUGCAUCUUCGACAAACAUCCAUUAUGACAAGGAUGGGAGGGAAUUCGUGGACUUUGUUUGCUCCUAUCCGCUUACCAAUGCAAACGACGAAGUUACGCAUCUUCUACACACCAGCAGAGAGCUUCCCGCACUGCCCGACUCGCUAUCUGCGGAUCAGUAAUCAAUAGACUUCUUGGUGCAGAUGAAUUAAAAUCUAUAAUCGCUCAAGUACUG